CGUCUAUAUACGCGAUUCGAGAACUUCACGAGUCAGCAUCGAAAUUGGGCGACGGGCGAUCCGAAGAGAAAAAAGCGGAGCAGUACACUGGUGGCCGGUUCGAGAAGGACUGCCACACAGGAAAAGCGACACGAGUGAGGGAGAGAGACACGCGACAAUAAAAACGAGGACUCGUUAAUUAUCCACGACGUUGCCUUAAAACAGCUGAGAUAACACGAUGUCGUACUGCACCAGGAUUUUGCAGGCGCAGAAAGUAGCUAGUUUGGCUGCUGAAGUACAACAAAGAUGCUUCAGCACAAGCCCACUCACCUUUGCAGCCGCAAAGGUGGCUAUGUCAAAAUUCGACUCCACUGCUUACUUACCUUACGACAAAUUGGAUGAGAACAUCAAAAUUGUUAAGAAAAGGUUGGACAGGCCCUUGACUCUAUCAGAAAAGAUUUUGUACUCUCACUUGGAUGAACCCCAGAAGCAGGACAUUGUUCGUGGAACCAGCUAUUUGCGUCUGCGUCCUGACCGUGUCGCUAUGCAGGAUGCUACGGCUCAAAUGGCUAUGCUCCAAUUCAUCAGCUCUGGACUACCAAGAGUUGCUGUUCCAUCAACAAUUCACUGCGAUCACUUGAUUGAAGCCCAGUUGGGUGGAGACAAAGAUUUGAAGCGUGCCAAGGACAUCAACAAGGAGGUUUACAGCUUCUUGAAAACUGCUGGUGCUAAAUAUGGUGUAGGCUUCUGGAAUCCUGGAUCUGGAAUCAUUCAUCAGAUCAUCCUUGAGAACUAUGCCUUCCCUGGUCUUCUCAUGAUUGGUACUGACUCUCACACUCCCAACGGAGGUGGUCUUGGUGGUCUAUGCAUUGGUGUUGGUGGUGCUGAUGCUGUCGACGUUAUGGCUAACAUCCCAUGGGAGCUUAAGUGUCCCAAGGUCAUCGGUGUCAAGCUCACUGGAGAACUGAAAGGCUGGACUAGCCCCAAAGACAUCAUCCUUAAGGUCGCGGGAAUCCUGACCGUCAAGGGUGGUACUGGUGCCAUCGUUGAGUACUUUGGACCGGGUGUAGACAGCAUCAGCUGCACCGGUAUGGCCACCAUCUGCAAUAUGGGUGCCGAGAUCGGAGCCACCACAUCCGUUUUCCCCUACAACGACAGAAUGAAGGACUACCUUAAGGCCACCCAGCGUGCCAGCAUCGCCUCCGCUGCAGACCAGUUCAAGGGAUCGCUUCUGACUGCUGACAGCAACGCCAAGUACGACCAGGUUAUCGAACUCGAUCUGUCCACUCUCGAGCCUCACGUCAACGGACCUUUUACUCCUGAUCUUGCUAAUCCCAUUUCGAAACUGGGCGCCGAGGCAAAGAAGAACGGUUGGCCCAAUGAAGUUAAAGUUGGUCUCAUCGGCUCCUGCACGAACAGCUCCUACGAAGACAUGGGCAGGUGUGCCAGCAUCGCCAAGCAGGCCAUGAAGCACGGUCUGAAGGCUAAGGCCGCAUUCAACAUCACCCCCGGUUCCGAGCAAAUCCGCGCCACCAUCGAGCGUGACGGAAUCUCCAAAGUCUUCAGAGAAUUUGGAGGCACCGUUCUUGCCAACGCCUGCGGACCCUGCAUCGGUCAGUGGGAUCGACAGGACAUCAAGAAAGGAGAUAAGAACACCAUUGUCACCUCUUAUAAUCGUAACUUCACCGGUAGAAACGACGCCAACCCCUCCACCCACGCCUUCGUCACCAGUCCCGAGCUCGUCACCGCUCUCACUUUAGCUGGACGUCUUGACUUCAACCCUCUGACUGACAAACUGAAGGGUGCUGAUGGAAAGGAAUUCCUCCUUGACAGUCCUUAUGGCGACGAGCUACCGAGCAAAGGAUUCGACCCCGGUAUGGACACGUACGACGCGCCUCCAGCCGACGGAAGCAAAGUCAGAGUCGACGUUGACCCGAAAUCCCAGCGUCUUCAGCUGUUGGAACCAUUCGACAAAUGGGACGGUAAAGAUCUGACCGACUUGACUGUUUUGAUCAAGGUCAAAGGAAAGUGCACGACCGAUCACAUUUCCGCUGCCGGACCUUGGCUCAAAUACCGUGGACACUUGGAUAACAUAUCCAACAACAUGUUCAUCGGUGCCACCAAUUCCGAGAACGGUGAGAUGAACAAGAUCAAGAACCAGCUGACCGGUGAGUGGGGUGGUGUACCAGAUGUGGCUCGUCACUACAAAAAGAACGGAAUCAGGUGGGUCGCUAUCGGUGACGACAACUACGGUGAGGGUUCCUCUCGGGAGCACGCCGCUCUUGAACCCCGUCAUCUUGGUGGCCGUGCCAUCAUCGUCAAGAGCUUUGCCCGUAUUCACGAGACCAACUUGAAGAAGCAGGGUAUGCUUCCUCUUACCUUUGCCAACGCAUCGGACUAUGACAAGAUUCAGCCGACCGACAAGAUCAACAUUCUCGGUUUGAAGGACCUCGCACCUGGAAAGCCCGUGAAAUGCGAAAUCAAGCACAAGGAUGGCAAGGUAGAUACCAUCACCCUCAAUCACACUCUCAACGAACAGCAAAUCGAGUGGUUCAGAGCAGGUUCAGCUCUCAACCGCAUGAAGGAAAUUGCCGCUGGCAAGUGAAGUUCGUGCCCCGACGACAACACCACGCAUCGACGCAACGAACACGUUUCUACAGCUAGUUAUGCUUAGGCCGAUUAAGAAGUUAGAGAAAAUUUUGCGCGCCGUCUGCGGGCUCGCGCGUCUUCUUUGCUGACGAUUAAAGAGUGCUACUUUUCAAUCGCGCACUGAAACCUCGUCGGAGGAAAAACGUGCGAAUCGCAUGUCGACAAUAUGAUAAUAAUCACUUAGUUGAUAUAUAUUCGUAUAAAUGAAACAAAAAAGACGUGAAUAAUGUAACGUAGCAAUGGAAGAAAGUUACUGUAAUCGUGUACAGAGGUGCAACAUUUAUACAAGCAGGCGUGCACGUUUGUACAAGGUUUCAGGUAUUUUUUAAGUACGUCCAACGCUAACCGUGAGAUUAGGAGAUGUUAUGAAAUUAUGUAUUUAACAAAACCGUGGAGAUCGUGUUCGAAGUGCUAAAGUGAAAAACAAUAACACAAAAUCCACGACAAAGAUAUUAAUAUGAAUUUUAUUUAUGAGAAUCGCAUCGGGCAACUUAAGAUUUAAUCUUAUGCGAGACAGCUCAACCAAUGCUUUUCCCCGCCUUUAGCGCCCUUUUCAAAGAACGCAAGCAAUAUAGAAGUCACGAUUACGUGACAAAGAGACGCGUUAGCGAGGAUCGAAAGUCCCGUACGUUCGGCCGGUUUCACCAUCGUGGAAAAUGGAAUUCGUGUACGCCCCGGGCUGGUUGAACGUGCGUCCUUAGAUUCGAGUCGCGUUUAUUCGUCACCGCUCUUUCUUCUCCCAAUCAUGUGUAAAUAUUUUUAUCAAGAAAGGAGAAUCCCUAUAUACAAUGUUUGAUCGAUUAUAUUGAGUGUAGAAAACGUCACAGGUAUUCGCCUAUACAAUAGCCGGUGAAUAAUUUAUUUAAUGAAAUUUUAUUUUCAACCUGUGAUUUUUUUCUGAUUUCUAUAUACAUAUAUGUGUGUGUGUAUGUAAGACCAGCAUCGAGAUGACGGGCAGCGUUGCCGUUUCGGCAGUUGCGUGCGAGCGCGCGAAUAGCCCCAUUGUAAUCGAACGAUCGAAUCAUCGUCAUUAUUUGCGAAAUGAUAACGUUAAUAAAAGAUUAAUCAAAAAUCAA